CAAAACUUUGGAGUAAAGUCCGAGAGUAUCCCGACAUGCGCCACAGAGAUAUCACGUGGAGAUAAGCUCCCCGCCAGGAAGUUAAAAGGCACGUGCUUCAAACGAGUUAUCAAUAUCAAGAAUUCGAGGUUUUCGAUUCUUAUCUUUCGAGACAAUGGCUAUCACUGUUGGAGUUCUGGCCCUGCAGGGCGCUUUUUUGAGCAUGUGCAGCUUUUGAAAAAAGCCGCUGAGCAAGUGACGCCGUCGGAAUGGCACUUCAUCGAAGUACGAACGCCACAAGAACUGGCAACAUGCGAUGGCCUGGUCUUGCCCGGAGGCGAGAGUACCACCAUGUCUUUGGUCGCAGCAAGGUCAAAUCUCCUCGAGCCAUUGCGGGAAUUUGUAAAAGUGGAUCGCAAACCAACUUGGGGUACAUGCGCCGGGCUCAUUUUGCUCGCCGAGUCUGCCAACAAGACAAAAAAAGGAGGGCAAGAGCUGAUCGGUGGUCUUGAUGUGCGAGUGAACCGAAACCACUUCGGUCGACAGACAGAAAGCUUCCAAGGCCUGUUGGAUCUGCCAUUCUUGGGUCAGGACGCGCCUCCCUUCCCAGCAGUAUUCAUUCGAGCCCCUAUCGUCGAAAAGAUUCUUCCCCACCAUGAGGGCAUCCAAAAAGAAGAGAUUCAACAGGAAGAUGUUGUCGUGGCACCGUCCAGAGAAGCACGGGACUCAGUGGCGCAAGCAGCAACAGCAGAGCACGUCGAGGUACUAGCAACAUUAGUGAGACCGGCAGCUCAACCCGCCACGGAGGGUGGAGAUAUCGAUUCAGACCGGGGAAGUGGCGACAUUGUUGCAGUGCGACAGGGCAAUGUAUUCGGCACCAGCUUUCACCCGGAGCUGACAGGUGACGCAAGAAUCCACACUUGGUGGUUGCGCGAAGUUCAAGCAGCAGUGCUGAAACGAGACAAGUUAAAGCAAUAA